AUGAUCAUCUUAUUUAAAUAUUCUUUGGGAAAAGUUUGUUGUUCCAAACGAAAACUACUCAAACGUGCUGGUGAUUGGGCUAUUAUAACUGGUGCAUCUUCAGGGAUUGGUAAAGCAUAUGCAGAAGAAUUAGCAAAAGAUGGUUUGAACAUUAUGCUCAUUGAUAGAGAUGAAGAUAGAAUGUUUUCAGUUUCCAGUGAAUUAUCAGUUAAGUACAAUGUGGAAACUAAAUUGGUUGUUGCUGAUUUCACAAAGGAUAAUGUUUAUGAAAUAAUAGAACCAGAGAUUGAGAAACUCUCUUCUAUCGCAUGUCUAGUCAACAAUGUUGGGAUGAUGGGUGAAACAGAUUUAUUCGCAUCACCAGAAUCGCCUGAUAAACAGUUUAUCAAAGACAUAAUCCACUGUAAUGCACUAUCAACAGCAACAAUGACACGUAUAGUAAUGCCGAAAAUGUUAACACAGAAAAUAUCCAAAUCAGCCAUCAUCAACAUCGCCUCCUAUUCUGGUCUUAAUCUCUUCCCAUACCUUUCAAUGUAUGCUGCCACAAAAUCCUUUGUUAUUCAACUCUCCAAUUGUAUCUCUCAAGAAGAUUAUCCAAAGGACAUUAUGAUACAGACUGUUUGUCCAUUACUUGUAGCCACACCAAUGUCAAAGAUGGACAAGGCGACAUUGUUCAUACCAACUGCACAAACCUACGUGAAAAGUGCAUUAGAUAUGUUAGGUGUGGAAAAUCAAACCUACGGUUAUAUUUGUCAUGAUUUGAAAGCAUUUCUCUUCGAUCUUCUACCAAAACCAAUAUGGAUAAUACUAACAAAGGCUAGAGUGAAGUCAAUGCAAAAGUAUAGAGCUAGUAAAACAAACACUAUUGAGCAUUGAAUAUUUGCCUGUACAACAUCUUCUGCAG